UCCGCCAGCAGUCGUUGCGGUUAUAACAAAACUAACGUUUUUGUUAUAAGAAGAAAUAAAAACUGUUGAUAAAAAUAAGUUGUUUAAUUGACUGUCAAACGUUUGUGAAAUAUGAAAAGUGAAGAGGAAAGCACCGUUAGCAAGCCAAGUGCUUGCCUCGGAGUUCGCCAUGCCCAAGCCUUGCUGCUGUUCCUGGCCAUGCUGAUCGCCUACGGGAUGCGCGUCAACAUGAGCAUGGCCAUCGUCUCCAUGACCGACUCCGACCUUGAAAAUUCCUUCGAUUGGAGCUCUAAGACGCAGAGUCUCAUCCUGUCUUCCUUCUUCUGGGGCUACGCUGUCCUGCAAGUGCCUGGCGGUGAGAUGGCAGCCCGAUUUGGGGGAAAGGUGCUUGUCUUGACCUGCAUUGUCGUCAACUCCGCUGUAUCCUUAUUGAUACCAAUUGGAGCAUUUUAUGGUGGAUGGCAAAUGGUAUGCGCUUGCCGCGUUAUUCAGGGUCUGUCGCAAGGAUUCCUGGUGCCUUCAAUGCACCACCUCAUUGGAAAAUGGUUUCCUUUGGAGGAAAAAAGUCGAUUUGGAACUUUUGUUCAUUCAGGAGGACAAUUGGGGACAGCUGUCCAGCUUAUGAUUUCGGGCUUCAUAUCCAGUUACUGGGGGUGGCCGGCCAUAUUUUAUGUCAACGGCACCAUUGGGGCAGUCUGGGCCGCCGUCUAUGUCUUUUUGGGUUCAUCAACGCCACAAACUUCGAAAGUUAUUAGCGAUGAAGAAAAAAUGUACAUACUCACUUCUUUGGGACAUGUUGGUGAACAAAAGAAACUCAAAACGCCAUGGAAGGCAAUCUUCAAGUCGGUGCCUUUCAUCGCCCUCAUCGUCGCCCACUCUGGCCAGAAUUGGGGCUUCUGGACUCUCAUGACGGAGAUCCCCUCCUACAUGAAGCAAGUCAUGGGCGUUGACAUUGGUGCUAACGGUGUCAUGUCAGCUCUACCAUACCUUACUAUGUAUCUGUUGAGUUUUCCACUCGGUUACUUGGUCGACUUGAUUCAGAAGAAGAAGUGGCUCAGCAUCACAGCUUGCAGAAAGAUCUCUAAUACUAUUGGUCAUUGGGGUCCAGCUGUAGCUCUGAUUGGGCUCACGUACGCACCCGCUGGCGACGCCACCACGGCAGUCAUCAUUCUGUGCGUGGUAGUCGGCCUCAACGCUGGACAAUAUACUGGAUACUUGCUAGUCCACAUCGAUAUGGCGCCCAACUUCGGCGGGACCUUGAUGGGCAUCACGAACUGUAUCGCGAACUUCGUCUCCAUCUUAGCGCCGCUGGUGGCUGGGCUCAUCUUGACAGAUCAGACUGACCCAGACCAAUGGAGGAUCGUUUUCUACCUGUCGUCAGCCGUCUACAUCGUCUGCAACCUGAUCUUCAUUAUCUUCGGAACGAGUGAGAGACAGGCGUGGAACGAACCAGAGUCUAAGGAUACUGAUGAUGACAUCACGACAGAGAAGAAAGUAGAAAAAGUAGUUUGAUGGUUAUAUUUAUAUUAUUAGCUCUUGUAUCCUGCUUUAUUUCUGGAGAGAGCAUACUAAAAGACUUUUUGCCAGAGAAAUAUUUAAAACUUUGUUUAAAAAGGUUUUAUUCUUAAUUAUUUAAUUACUUGAUAAAUUAUUACAGUAUUAUACUUAUAUACACUCGACGUCAAAUAAAUCGCACCUCCCGCGACAAGCAUUUUUAAACGUAUGCAUCCCCACUUCCCACCAAUAUUGGUACCAUUUAAACGCCUAGUUCUAACCUUCAUUUCAUUAAAGGAAAGGUUUUUACCCCAAAAAUGUGUCUUUAGAAGGAUCCAGAGUCACUUCUUCAAAAAAUAGGUAGUUACGCUAGAGCCAACUUUUAUGGCUAUAAAACUGUUAAGUUGGGUUUAAUUGCUAUCCAUCUGUUAAAGAGGACACGUGAAAUCAUUAUUUGGUUUUAUAACCAUGAAAAUUGGUCUAAUUGAUCCCAAAGGUGGGCCCAACAUGAGGUAUUUUUUCAAGUCACAUUUAUGGUAGGUAUAUGCUAAUAAUUUAUUAAGAAAUUAAAUGUGUUUUUCAUAUAAUUGGGCUUUCAAAUAACACCAAUAUUGUUAGGGCACCAUGAUUGUGUCAGAAGAAAAUCGUUAAAGUUCGCGUUGCGGAAGGUGCGGUUUAUUUGAUGUUGAGUAUAUUUGUAAAUAGAGUAGAUAAUAUAGCAUAUAUUUUAAAGGCUGUUAACCUAGUAGUCAAUAGUGUAGUGUAGUUGUAUUAAAAAUGUAGUGAUCAAAACAAUAAAAUUAAAAUAUUUAA